AAUAUCGGAAGAAUCAAGAUCUGCUCCUUUCAGGGAAGAGAAUGGCGUGAUUCCGGGAAGUUUCCCCGUGUGACUCUCUGUGAUUUCGAGAUAAGAGUGCUGGGUAAUGUUCAUCGACAUACAGUUCAGUGUGUUCUCGUGGUUAACAUGCUCACCGAGAAGAUUUUUAUAUUUCUGUGGAUUUGGCUAUCUAAUUUCGUUGCCAAGCACCUCGACAUGGAGUCUGAUCAGAUUGGACGAUUCACCGACCGAUUUCUUCGGCCGGAUGGAGUGUUUCUUCUCCAAAUGAUAGCCAGCCAUGCUGGCAAUCUUACUUGUGCCAAGGUGACAGAAGCGCUUUGGCUGUUGUUUCUACGACGAAGUGGAAAGCCGGUAUUGGACGAGAAAGUCGAGAGUUCCGAACGAGGAGAAUGGGAGAGU